GUUCGCAGUAUGUCUGGACGUGGAAAAGGAGGCAAAGUCAAGGGAAAGGCAAAGUCCCGUUCGAGCCGCGCUGGAUUGCAGUUUCCAGUCGGUCGUAUUCACCGUCUACUCCGAAAGGGCAACUAUGCCGAGCGUGUUGGAGCCGGUGCUCCCGUCUACCUGGCUGCCGUGAUGGAGUAUCUGGCCGCUGAAGUUCUCGAGUUGGCAGGAAAUGCCGCUCGUGACAACAAGAAAACCCGAAUUAUCCCACGUCACCUGCAGUUGGCCAUCCGCAACGACGAAGAGCUGAACAAACUUCUUUCCGGAGUGACCAUCGCUCAGGGUGGUGUCCUGCCAAACAUCCAGGCCGUCCUGUUGCCCAAGAAGACCGAAAAGAAGGCCUAAAUUCGAUCGAAGUUCCCACCCUUUAACAAAAUCCGUCCUUUUCAGGACGACCAAUUUGAUGGUAAAGAGUUUCGUUUUCAAAACAGUUUCCUUCGUGGUGCGCAAGGAGUGAUAAAAUGAAUCCAUUAAAAACAUGGUUGAAUCUUUCUGUCAUGCUCUCCCUAGUUAAUUGAUAUCCUCAUCGAGUAAGUUCGAUGAUGGUUGAUUAGUGUAGGCGUGUCUUGAAUUCCAAGAAAUU